AUGGCGAUUUCAGUAGCGGCGGCUGCAGUCCCCAGAAACGUCGUCGUAUCCACUUCAUUAUCAGUGCAUUCAUCAACAAAGCUUUCCCGAUUGUCCUCUCUUCAAUUUCCGAAGGAGCUUCGUGCUUUAACAAUUCGAAACCAAAGGCUAGUAUCCAAGCCCGGACCACGAACUCUUCCUCUGGUUGAGGCCAAGAAGCAGACAUUUUCUACCUUUGAUGAUUUGUUGGAAAAUGCUGAUAAACCAGUAUUGGUUGAUUUUUAUGCCACUUGGUGUGGUCCUUGCCAGUUUAUGGUUCCUAUUCUAGAACAAGUCAGUGAUUCAAUGGGAGAUAAAAUCCAAGUAGUGAAAAUUGACACCGAGAAGUACCCUACCAUUGCAGACAAGUACAAUAUACAGGCAUUGCCAACUUUCAUUUUGUUUAAGGAUGGGCAACCAUGCGAUCGCUUUGAGGGUGCAAUGGCUGCUGACCAGCUCAUUCAACGUAUUGAAGCUUCACUGAAAGUUAAGCAGUAG